AUGGCUCCAGGAGGAAAAUCGGCUGGUAAAGCGAUGAAGAAAUCAUCCGGAAAAGCUCAAAAGAACAUUGCCAAGUCCGACAAGAAACGCAAGCCCAAGAGGAAAGAAUCCCGAAAAAGGCCGUGUGCGAAAAAGAAAAAAUCGAUCGUCAAUAAAGUCAAAGCCGCCGGAACACCGAAGAAAAAGAAGAUCGCAGCCGCCAAGAAACCCACGGCGGGUGAACCAGCAGCCAAAAAAGCGAAAAAGGCCGCUGCAACCAAACCCAAGGCAACUACGCCGAAAAAAGCUGCUCCGGUUAAAGCGAAAAAGGCGGCUGCCGUCAAAAAACCCAAAGCGAAGAAAACUCCGAUCAAGAAAUCCGCUGCACCCAAAAAAAAGUAA